AUGGCAAAAUAAUCCGGUUAAUGUCAUUCAAAAUUCCAGUCAUGGCAUCACUUUUUCGAAAAUUUCCCAUUCAAAAUCUCGGUAACUUCAUCAAAAGAAACAUUAAAACUGCCUGCCACAAAAAACAAACCAAAAAUUAUUUAAUCGUUAGACCAACUGUUGACGAUUAUGAACAAAUCUUAUGUCUCAUGCGUCGUGCUUAUUAUCCUGAAGAACCCACAUGUUGUUCCCUAGCAUUCAAACCCACAGUUGUUUUCGACGAUAUAACCAUUCAGUCUCUCAGUGAAGGUUACUCUUUGAUUGCCAAAUGUAAAUACAAUGGAGAUAUUUUGGGGGCGUGUAUUAACGAAACCAGUCACUGUUGGGAUCCCGAUAUUAAAGAUAGUCUUGCUUGUAAAGUCAGCGAUGUUAAAAGUCGACAAUUGUUACAUUUUUAUGCCUACAUGCAACGAGUCCCGGAUUUGUGGAGGAAGUACGGAGUUCAAAAAAUAUUUGAGCUUUGUUACAUGUUUGUGAGAAAAGACCAACGAGGCAAAGGCAUUGCGUAUGAUUUGACACUAAAGUCAAGACUUCUUGCAGCCGAUUGUGGAUUUCCUCUAGUCAGAAUAGAUGCGACUAGUUAUUAUACAGCGAAAUUGUGUGAGAAAAUGAAAUUGAAACUGGUCGAAGAAAUCCCCUAUUGCACGUAUGUGGGUGCCGAUCAAAGACCUAUUUUUAGACCUCCUGAUCCUCACAAGUCCGUCAAAAUCUACGUCGAUGAUGAGCCACAAAAAAACGCUUUACUAUUAAAAAAAUAGACUUUUUUCAAAU